AUGGCGUACGGUCGGCAGAUCUGCUACGAGGCUCAAAGCAGCCUACGUAGCACGAACGACUUAGGGGUCGAAGAUGGAAGACAAGGUCGCACGAGCAUCACGCACACGCUCACCAAGGCUGCUGACGUGUUGCUAGAGGCGUGGCGUUUUCGCUAUGCUUGUGAGCAUGAUCUAGAAGUAGAUUCGCUUGUUGUAAACUGGUGUCGCAUCAAGCGGUUCCUUGGUAUUAGAUGCCUAGAUGCAGGUGCAAGGAAGCGCUUCGGGCCUUCCGUGUUUGCCGUCGUCGGCGAGAUUCACGCACGGCAAAGUCAGCAUAGAGGACCGACUGCAAUGCCCGUUUCAUCGGACGGCGACAGCCUAUCUGUGGCUUCCCAGGUGAUGAGAGCACAAGCACACGUGCGUCCAGUCGAGAAACAACGGGCGCGUGGCCGAAUCACUUGCCGUUUCAGCAUUUCAGCAAAUUGCCAAUGCGGGAGGCCAGCCAACAGCACUUCGUCAUUGCUCUACGAGGAAAAAGACGUUUACGCACUACCCUUCGCCCAACACUCGACUGCUAUAGACUGCUGUUUCUUGGACGACGCCCCUUGCCGUUGGAGUCAUCAAGAGGCAAAGACCCUUGAUCAUACCUCUGUGGGUUGCCAAUCGCUGGCGCGUUCUCGCGCGUUGAGCCCCGCCAGCCAUCGUGCUACUACAGCUACAGCAUUCCGGGCAAGAGCAUAG